CCCCCUCCGUCACGUCUCGAUCUUCGACUCGACUCUUCCUCGUCACCACGUUCGAUACUCCUUUUCGGCAGCAUAGCAUGGCGUUUCUGGGCUUCUUUUACACUCGGCGUGGGCUGUGCAGAAAACUGAUAGAGCCUGAUUCUCUUUAUUUCCACCGCGUUUUAUCGAAUCGACAACCAGGCGAGUCUUCUCACUCGGCAUGCGAUGCGUGGUCUUGCCUGUCUCGACUCGACCGCUGCUAGCCCCCGUUCUUGGUUUCUUGUUGAUUUCAAUACUGAGGCAUUACUCUCAUGUAUAUUAUUGAUUGGUUUCCCGGAGAAAUAUCUCGACCUUGUAGCACCUAUCUGUGUCUCCCGCUCUGUUUUCUGUCUGAUUUCUCUCUUAUUCUCCGCUCUUCCCUGGGGACAGGAAUAUCCGUGUACCAUAUUAUGUUUUAUGUUGUUUGCUAUUCAGCAACCUAUCCACCAGACUUUAUUGGAGGCUCUCAGACAAUAUAAGACCACUACUGUUAGAUUUUCAGGCUAUUUUCCCAGCAUUUAGUGCGGAUAAGAUAUGAUCUGCAGGAUCUGUCUUUGCUUUUGCAGACAAGAAUUAC